UUCAAAUUGCGGAUGUCUCUAUGAGCUUGUGUGGAACUGUAACCCCCGCAGAACGAGCAGCUACAUCAUCAUUCCACGGAGCUCUGUAUUGGCUUUAAGCUGCUCAUCCACCAACAAACAACAGAAACCACAAACACAUAUAUCUAAUUUGAACUCAUUUGAAUAUACUGGUCCCUUGUGGACAGUAAUGCAUUUCAUGAUUUGACAUAUUUAAAAGACGACAGACUCUCAAAAUGUCAAUCAUCCCGAGCUUCCCGAACCCAUUGAAGCUUCUGAAGCUCUUCACUUCGGCGCCGCCACCGGCCAUAGAUCUCCCGUCAGUUGAGAUCUACGAAAUUGAAACAUCGCCAGAAAAAAGUCCACGAACACUUAAACACUUGCUCCGGCUUAAUCACGCAAAUCAUGCAAUUCUCUACCAUAAUCUCCAGUUUCACAACCACUUGCCACACAUUCUAGGAUCAGCGUACAUUCUCGGCGCAGGACCUCUCCAGCUCGGAAAUAUCUACGAUGAAGAAUCAAAGACGCUCGAAAAAUGGGAAGAUUCACCAAACGAAGUAUCGCGACAUGACUGGCGGGACUAUCUGGGCGACAAACGCUUUCAGCGCUCAUACGUGGAUUUUUUCGAAGACGAACUGGUCCGAUUAGGCUACGACUGGCGAAACGUCGUUGCAGAAUACUUGUUCAAGGGAAAGGAGCCUUUGAUCAAUGGAAUGAUUGGUGGAUUGGGCCAUCCUCUCAUUCAUCUUGGCUACGCAUUCGAGCUCUCCAGCCGUGAACUCGGCAUGGAAGCUCUCAGUCUGACCGCAACAAACUACAACUUUCUACACAAAUACCUGGACAAAGCCUCCUCAUAUUCCACCAACCCUUCCCUCUCAUCACCUGGGGCAACACACACAAGCACUUCCCCGCUGGAAAUCCUGGAACGCGUCCGUGCCGACAAGCGCUUCGACGGACUCUUCGAAAGCAGAGGCUCCAACAAUAUUCAGACCCUCUUUGAUGAGCGCGAAGCCGCUGUCCUCGAAUACUGGACCUCCUGGAGCAUUCAAGAUCCCAUUAAGCAGUUCAAGGACAGCCAACGGGCAGCGGCGGCCAUUCUCGUUGCCACUGACCGUGCUGCCAAUCAUCAUCAUACCUUUGACUUUUUCCUCGUGCAUCUACUGACAACGAGCCAUGCCGUGCGCAUCCUCCUCCCAUUCAUCCCCGCAAAAUUCCACAUUCCUUUAGUGCGACAAUGGUGGCUCUUCACCCUGGCAGUAUAUAUCGCCCAGCUCCGACCAGAAAUCAAACUUGACAGGAUCAACGAUUAUGAUCUCGCGGGCCGAGAUUGGAAAUGGGCAGUCGACCAGGCCGUUGGCGGAAAACAUGCCCUGGAUGCGCAUUAUGUCAAGGCAAUUCGCGCCAUGAAAGAAGCCGCACACACAUGGACAGACCACGACCAAUUCUACCUCAAAGCAGCCGUGCAAUUCGCCGACGAGUUUGAGUCGUGGGGCGGAUUCGGUCCCGAAAGCGCCAGCGACGUUGAAAUUUACGAUAAGCAGCACUGAUUCUUACUCUUUCCCACUUCUCUCUUCUCUGAUCAUUCGUUUCUCUCUUAUAUAUGUAUAUGUUCUAGUAGUACGAUGCAUGUACAAUUUUCUCUUUUACCAACUGAAAUCUAGCUCGGCCCGGCGUCAUUUUUUUAUUUUCUCUUCUUCACCAUUUGACGAGUCACGCAUAAUUUCAAAUUCUCAAAAUUGAAAUACACAG